AUGAAACUAUUCGUUGUUGUAUUAUUGGCCACAUUGGCUAUUGCCCAGGCCAAUAGUCCACCGUGUUUGGGCUGCCCAUCUCCAGUUGGUGACGAAAAGGGUACACAUGAUGCCACCGAGGCUCUUAAAGAUUCUUUAAAGAAAUUCGCUGCUGGUGAAGGACCUUUUUACACAAUUGGUAAAAUCCACAAGGCCACUACCCAAGUUAUUCGUGGUCACCUGUAUAAAAUCAAUGCCGAUUUAGUCGACCAAAACAACCACACCAAAAACUGCGAUAUUGAAAUUAUUAGUUUCAAAGAUGUUACCGUUACUUUCAAGUGUUCCGGUGAACCGACCCUUACCAAGACAUAUAACCCAUAA